GUGGUGCUGCACAGCCCGGCGGAGUUGCCGCGGCCGCGCCAGCAGGCGGUGAUGGUGCCGCUGGACAUGGAGAUGCAGGUGGGCGUGCGGGCGCGCGAGGUGCGGGCGGACGCGGCCGUGCGGGGCAGCUACUCGGCCGCGCAGCGCCGCUGCUUCUACCCCGACGAGCGCCGCCUGCGCUUCUUCCGCCAGUACACGCAGGGCAACUGCGAGCUCGAGUGCCUCGCCAACGCCACCCGCGCCGUGUGCGGAUGCGUCGAGUUCCACAUGCCACGCGAUCUUGAUACUUACAUAUGUGGAGCAGAAAAAAUUAAUUGCUGCACAGAAGUAGCAAGUCAUGUACAAGCUCUUUCAGCCAACUUUAACGGUGGAAACUUUGAAGUCAAAAACCUAAAUGGAACUAUACAAAACUGCAUCUGUUUUCCGAUAUGUUCAUAUCUAUAUUACGAUGAUGGUCGAACAAGUCUCUCGGACUUUGAUAUUAGUUCCUACCAAAUAAUGCAUAAUACAAGUUCCAACGAUACCCAUUAUGUCAGAGUAACAAUUUACUUCAAAAGUUCAAAAUACAUACCAAUGCGGCGUGUAGAGCAUUACAAAACAUUGACCUUAAUAGCAAAUUGUGGUGGAAUACUUGGUCUUUGCUUGGGUAUGAGUAUAUUGAGCAUCAUUGAGCUCAUUUACUGGCUGCUAAUUCGUCCAUGGACUAGUCACAGAAAACCUCCUGUGACGCCUCUCUUGGGAGCAAAAAGCCUUCGAGCAUCAAAACCUAUGUCCACAAUCUAUAUGUACUGA